AUGGCGCCCAAACUCUUCACAUCCAUCCUCAGAUUACCGACAGCGACUCGCAGCUGCUUCAAUGGCCUGCUCAUACCGAGAUCGAGCCCCGUCCAGCGAUCCGUGAUCCGUACUUUCGCGAGCACCACUGUUCGACCAGCCACAUACAAUCAGGUCCUUCGGGGAUGUCGCGUAGGACAGCGCGCCAGAAAACCGACAUCGCCGCAGUUGGCUAGGAACCAUCGGCCUGAGAUGAAGGGUGUGUGUCUGCGUGUGGGCACGACGAAGCCGAAGAAACCCAACUCGGGAGAGAGAAAGGUUGCAAGAGUUAGAUUGAGUAGUGGGAAUGUCAUUACUGCGUAUAUACCUGGAGAAGGCCACAAUGUUCAGCAGCAUUCAGUGGUUCUAGUGAGAGGAGGACGAUCUCAGGACUGUCCUGGUGUGAAGUACCAUCUCGUGAGAGGGGCUAUGGAUCUGGGAGGUGUGGGCAAUCGUGUCACGAGCAGAUCGAAGUACGGAACGAAGAAGCCGAAAACGAAUUGA